AUGAUAUCCGAUAUCCGCGUGUCUCGUCCGCCGAAGUGCUCCACCACCUCCUGCCAACGUCUCAUCUACGAAGACAUCGACCAAGCCCGCGGCACCGGCACUCUAAUCUUCCAAACCGACAUCUCCCACCCUAAGCUCCUCCCCGCCAUCAGCGGCCACGUCUGCAAUCAUGUCCCGCUCGUAUCCUCAGCUCUCUAUGCCGACAUGGCGAUGACAGCCUCCGACUACCUCUACAAAACCCUCUGCCCCUCCGCCCCCGAAGUUGGACUCAACGUCUGCGCCAUGGAAGUCCACAAGCCCGUGAUCGCGCAAAUCCCGCCACCCGAAGAUGGCCAGCACAUUCAAAUGGAGGCGCACGCCGACGUACAAAAGGGCGAAGUCACAGUUAGCUUCCGCAGCGUGACGUGGGAAGGCAAACUCAUCGAGAACCACGGCCACGGACUCGUCAAGUACGAAGACCCGGCCGAGUGGAUAUCCGAGUGGCAGCGCAAGCAAUACCUCGUCGAGACGCAGAUUGCGCUGCUGGAAUCCCGGGUUGAGACUGGACGCGCGCAUAAGUUCCUCCAAGGGCUGGCAUACAAGCUGUUCCAGGCAUUUGUUCACUACUCGCCCAAGUACCAGGGGAUGCAAGAAGUCAUUCUGGACAGCGAGGAUACAGCUGCUACGGCGAAGGUCCGAUUCCAGACCACGGGGGCCGAUGGCGACUUCCUCUGCUCGCCGUACUUCAUCGACAAUCUGUGCCAUUUGUCCGGCUUUAUCGCGAAUGCGUCGGAUCUGUAUAACUCAGAUAUGACGUAUAUCUCGCAUGGGUGGCAGUCGUUCAAGGUCCCAAAUCCUAGAGCAAUAUCUCCGGAUAAGGAAUACACGUGCUAUGUCAAGAUGAUGACGCAGCCGGGAAAUAUAACCGCCGGGGAUGUGUAUGUGUUUGAGGGUGGUGAGAUUAUUGCUGUCUUUUAUGGGUGCAAGUUUCAGGGGAUUCCAAAGAGGGCGAUGAACGUGUUGCUUGCUCCGAAGUCGACGAACAAGAGAACGGUGAGGAUAAAGUAG